GCUGGGACGCGCGCACGUUUUCGAAGAUCGUGUGUCGCGCGCUUCACGAACUUUGACGUUUACGGCGCCGAGCAUCGAUUCUCCGCGACAAGCCGCCGUAAAUUAUUGAGGGCGGUCUCUACAGCGUGUCGAUAUCCCGCUGACGUUCGAGGCGGCAGUCCCGGGAGAUCCACCGAUUCAAUUUUCUCCGCGAAACCUCGGACCGCGGACCGCACCGCCCGUCCGUUGUCGGCGGCGCUAUUCGCAUCCGUCUUGCCCGUGAGAGAGUAGAGGGUACCGUUGCGCGUACGUGUGUGUGUGUGUGAUCGGUUGGCGAUCAGUGGUGAUCGCGCGCCUCGCGACAGCUCGGCUGUAUCGCGCGAAUGCGUCUCCGCCGUCGAUGACGAUUACGACGACGACUACGACGACGACGACGCUGACGCCGCGGCAGCUCUAGCGCGGAGCGCCGCCGUCAACCGUCCGUUUCCCCAGCAGCUUGUCACCCGUCCGCCGCGAGAAGAAUGCGAGAGAGUCACGGGCGAACGUGAGACACGCAGUACACACCGCUUCUCCGCGCGCGAGGGAAACGCCGAGCGGCCGGGGAGGACGAGCGCCAACAGGCCGCGGUUAUGUUUCUCGAUGGAGAGCCCCUUGACGACAAUGGCAGCAACGUCCCCGUCGAAGAGGAGACUGCAGAAGGAGCUGAUGUCCUUGAUACGCGAGCCGCCGCCAGGUGUACAAGUAGACGCAGAAUCGGCUGGGCAAAACCUGACACAGUGGAUCGUGCACAUGGAAGGCGCUAAGGGCACGCUGUACGAGGGGGAGCAGUUCCAGCUGCAAUUCAAGUUCAGUACCAAAUACCCAUUCGACUCACCCGAGGUGACUUUCAUCGGUGGAAAUAUUCCCGUACACCCGCACGUCUACAGCAACGGUCACAUUUGCCUGUCCAUAUUAACGGAGGACUGGUCUCCCGCUCUGAGCGUGCAAAGCAUCUGCCUGAGUAUCAUUUCCAUGCUGAGCAGCUGUAAAGAGAAGAAGAGACCGCCUGACAAUUCGUUUUAUGUGAGAACCUGCAACAAGAAUCCAAAAAAGACUAAGUGGUGGUAUCAUGAUGAUAGUGUCUAACAUUGAAGAUCGUGGGAAGAUUUCAACUUGGCAACAUUCAGUUGUUGGACCAAGUGGGAUAACAUCCAAAUGGAACCUGAUGCAUUAAAUCAAUAGAAUUUUGCAUACAAUAUUAUAUAGUAAAGUCAAUAUAACAAGAAAUUAGAUACGUACUUUAAAAAAAAAAGACAAGGCUACAACUUACUUAUUACAAUUAUAGAGUGCAAACUGCGUGAGUUGUUUAAUCGUAAAUUAUUGCAGCGUUGCUGAUAGUGAAGCGUAUUUUAAUUAUAUAGAAUUGUCAGUAAAAAAAGUAAAUUAAAAAAGAGGUAAAUAAGAAGGUAUUAUUUAUUAUUAAGAUAUGAAUAUGAAAUUUUCUCUCUUGUUACUCCGAAUUUAAGGAGAUUGCUGAGAUGUACGUUAACAAGAACAUUGAAUAAAUUUAGAAACAAUGGUAAAAAUCUGGUAGAUAUAUGUAUACUAUUAAUAUUGCAAUAGCAAUACAUUAUAGAUACUUAUUUUCUAAUAGAACUCCAAAAUUAUAUUGACUUAAUCCAUAUCGAUUACGUGUAAAGUACACAUUAUUUGAAAUUCAAUGGAUUAUUGUUUUUCCAUAAUAUAAUAUAUCUCUGUUGCAUUUAUUUGUCUCUUUUAUAAACUUUGGGAGGCUAUCACUUAUAUUAUUACUAUGUAUUUAAUACGGAACAUAUUAUAUUUAAAGAAAUGUAGUGAAAAUUAAUACACAAAAAUUCAUAUUCAUUAAAUUUUUCAAUAUUAGCGCUUAUACACAACGCAGUUAUGAGUUUUAUUUAAAUAUGCACAUGUGAAAUAAUGUCGUAUCAGACUACAGUUUUUUUUAUAAAAUUCGAAAGCUAAAAAGUAUAUAUAUAUAUAUAUAUACAACUACCUUGUAUAUUACCUUGAAUAUGCCAUUCUAUUAUAUAAAAUAACACCUAACAAAUAUAUAUGUAUAACUGGUAGAAAUAUAUAUAAUUUUGUUAGAUGUUAUUUUAAAUAGGGUGGCAUAUUCAGGAUAAUACAAUGCGAAAUUAAUUAAUGGCACUGUUAUAUCAAUAAUUGGCACACGCUCCAAUAAUAUUCUUAAAUUUUCGUGUCAGGUAAUCUCCUAAUUGCAUGUAUUAGUUAAUAAAACUUUUUGUACAUUUACUAAAAGUGUAAGUGACAGUGAUAUUAAAUUUCCCGACAACAUUUAGCGAAA